GGCGGGGCCGUCCAGGUGAGGCGCGCAUGGGGGGCUCGGACAGGUGAGGCGCGGCGGCCCCCGUCACCCGAGAAACGCCCCCUCGGCUGCUGUCGGCCGCUCUUUCAGCACUUCCUCCCGCGCCACGGGCUACUGGGUGCUUGGGGUGACCCUCACGCGGCCGCCUGCGGGCCCUGGAGAGCUGCUGGGUUUGUCCCCAUUUUAUGGAUGAAAACCCGAGGCCUUCUCCAGCCUUGUGUUGGAAAGGAGGAGAAUACUUCCUCGGAUUGUCAAAAGGAUUAGAAAAACAUGGAACCUACUUGGCAGGCCUCAGAACAUGGCUGCCGUUCCCUGGAGGAGCCUUUCGGAGCCCCUGCUGUGAGCCAGGUGCCAGGUCAGAAACAACAGCGAUGGCAACAAAUGAUAAUAGCUUCGCGGCAUUGGAAUUGACCAGGCUGCGUCCCGCUGGGCACCACCCGGUGACCCCCGACGACCGCACACCCUCCCGGACCUCGGCCCCCGCAGAGACAGCAGCCCCCAGCUCUUGGGGGUCCAGCAGGUGGGGGGCACUGGCAGCCCUUGCUCGGAGCUCGUGGGAGCCCCAGACACACCGCAGCCCCCCUGGCCCCUUCAGACCCGGGUGGGUGGGCCAACCCACAGGGAGGACCCACCAGCCUCUCCUCCAUCGGGGGGCCCAGGCUCCUCAGGCCAGCAGGGAAGUAGAGUGGGGAGCCCGGGAGCAGACCCCUGGCGGCACCAGGCCUGCCUGGGGGGUCCCCGGCUCAAGGCAACCACGAGCCCCCAACCCCCAGGGUCCCAGAGCUUGA